AAUAUUAAAGUAUUGGACUGAUGUGCCUACUACCGAUCAGACCAAAUAAUUUUGGGAAAUUGAACUUAUUGUGGAUAUUUUGUGUUUUAUUGAUUGACUAAUACAUGCAUUACGAUUAUUCUUUUGUUUUCGCUGUAAACGCGGUUAUAAAAUUGCAUACUUUGUGAGUUAUUUUAGUAAUCAGUGACAUUAAGAGUGAAGUGCCUAAUUUGAAAAUGGAGGCUAUAGCAAAACACGAUUUCACUGCAACUGCGGAUGAUGAACUCAGUUUCAAGAAAAACCAGGUUCUCAAAAUACUAAACAUGGAGGAUGAUAUGAAUUGGUAUAGGGCAGAAUUAGAUGGCAAGGAGGGUCUCAUUCCUAGUAAUUAUAUUCAAAUGAAAAAUCAUAGUUGGUAUUAUGGUAGAAUAACAAGAGCAGAUGCAGAAAAACUUUUAGCAAAUAAGCCUGAAGGUGGAUUCCUCAUAAGGAUUAGUCAAUCUAGCCCUGGAGAUUUUUCAUUAUCUGUCAAAUGCCCCGAUGGCGUGCAACAUUUCAAAGUGCUCAGGGAUGCAUCGAGCAAGUUCUUCCUAUGGGUUGUGAAGUUUAACUCUUUGAAUGAGCUCGUCGAUUAUCACCGCACCGCGUCAGUCAGCCGCUUGCAGGAUGUUAAACUGCGAGAUGUCGUUCCUGAAGAGAUGCUGGUGCAGGCGCUGUACGACUUCACGCCGCAGGAGGCCGGCGAGCUGGAGUUCAGGCGCGGCGAUGUGAUCACGGUGCUCGACCGCUCCGACCAGCAUUGGUGGCAGGGCGAGAUCGCGCACCGCCGCGGCCUGUUCCCGGCGUCGUACGUGACCGCGUACCACUCAUAGCUCCGGGAGCGCAACACGCUCCGCCUCCCCGUGCCCUCCGUGCUCGCACCACCCUCUGUCUAAAUCCCUUACAUAGCGGACGCCAUCGAAACUAUAUGCUGAUGCCUUUCUCUUUUG